GUCUUCUUCCCGUCGGUGAGUGUGUGGACGUCCAGGUGUCUUCUUCCCGUCGGUGAGUGUGUGGACGUCCAGGUGUCUUCUUCCCGUCGGUGAGUGUGUGGACGUCCAGGUGUCUUCCUCGUGGCGGUCAUGGGGCUCGUGUACUCAGAGCCGGCCUGUCAGGCGGCCUAUGACGGAGACGUCCAUCACCUCUAUCGCCUCCUCAGAGAAGAUGCCAACCAGCUCAAUGUCCAGGACCGGCACAACGGGGACACACCCCUGAUCGCGGCCUGUCGCCGUGGUAACCUCAGGGUGGUCCGGUACCUGCUGGACAAUGGGGCGGACGUUCACCUGCCUAAUGAGAGGACAUCUCUUCACUACUUGUCCAAGAGAAGCUUCUCUCUGCUGGAUUAUCUGCUGAUCUCCAUUCUGAUGCCCAUCCUGCUGCUGGGCUACUUCCUCAUGUUACAGAAACAGAGGCACAGUGUCUCUCUGAUGGAGGCGAUGCUGAGCAGCAGCGUCGACGUCAACGCUGUCGACUAUAAAGGAAACACUGCUCUUCAUUACGUCUGUCAGAGGAAGAGUCACCGUCUAAUUCCUCUGCUGCUGAACAGAAACGCCGACACAAACAUCACAAAUAAUGAAGGAGAAACACCGCUGGACAUCGCCACCAGAUUAAAGUUCAAGAACAUCGUCCAAAUGCUGAAGAAGAAACAGUGACAGACAGACGGACAGACAAGAGGACAGAUGGACAGACAAUAUAUAUGUGCAGAAAGAUUUCAUGUGUUUCAAAACGUAUUCAAAUUAGGAUUCAGAUAUAUUCAGACUUAUAUUUGACCCUCUGUUAUAUUUAAUGAACAAAUAAAUAAUUUCUAAAGAUAAACCGCAUUUAAGAUAAAGGGGCAAAUGCUUUUAUUUUGAAGGCCUUAACAUACACGAUAGAACAGUUAAAAUGUCCUCGCAAUGUUUAUUAAACUACAACGUUAGCCUAGCUUAGCACAACUACUGGAACCAUAGUAAUGUGUCAUGUCUGUAAGAGUAAACAAAUAUUUAAUAAAAUAUGUAAAACAUUCAGAAGAUGAAUAAAGAUGAGUAGAAACUA